AUGCCCUUGAACCAGAGGGCUGUGAUUGGCAGCCCAGGCUCCCGCCCGGCCUCUAGCCCGGCCUCUAGCCCGGCCUCCAGCCCAGGCUCCAGCCCAGGCUCCAGUCCGGCCUCUAGCCCGGCCUCUAGCCCGGCCUCUAGCCCGGCCUCCAGCCCAGGCUCCAGUCCGGCCUCCAGCCCAGCCUCCAGCCCGGCCUCCAGCCCAGGCUCCAGUCCGGCCUCUAGCCCGGCCUCUAGCCCGGCCUCUAGCCCGGCCUCCAGCCCGGCCUCCAGCCCAGGCUCCAGUCCGGCCUCUAGCCCGGCCUCUAGCCCGGCCUCUAGCCCGGCCUCCAGCCCAGCCUCCAGCCCGGCCUCCAGCCCAGGCUCCAGUCCGGCCUCUAGCCCGGCCUCCAGCCCAGGCUCCAGUCCGGCCUCUAGCCCGGCCUCUAGCCCGGCCUCCAGUCCGGCCUCCAGCCCAGGCUCCAGUCCGGCCUCUAGCCCGGCCUCUAGCCCGGCCUCCAGCCCAGCCUCCAGCCCAGGCUCCAGCCCAGCCUCCAGCCCAGGCUCCAGUCCGGCCUCCAGCCCAGCCUCCAGCCCAGGCUCCAGCCCAGCCUCCAGCCCGGCCUCCAGCCCGGCCUCUAGCCCGGCCUCUAGCCCAGCCUCCAGCCCAGGCUCCAGUCCGGCCUCCAGCCCGGCCUCUAGCCCGGCCUCCAGCCCAGGCUCCAGUCCGGCCUCUAGCCCGGCCUCUAGCCCAGCCUCCAGCCCAGGCUCCAGUCCGGCCUCCAGCCCGGCCUCUAGCCCGGCCUCCAGCCCAGGCUCCAGUCCGGCCUCCAGCCCGGCCUCUAGCCCGGCCUCCAGCCCAGGCUCCAGUCCGGCCUCCAGCCCGGCCUCUAGCCCGGCCUCCAGCCCAGGCUCCAGUCCGGCCUCCAGCCCGGCCUCUAGCCCGGCCUCCAGCCCAGGCUCCAGUCCGGCCUCUAGCCCGGCCUCUAGCCCGGCCUCCAGCCCAGCCUCUAGCCCGGCCUCCAGCCCGGCCUCUAGCCCGGCCUCCAGCCCGGCCUCCAGCCCGGCCUCCAGCCCGGCCUCUAGCCCGGCCUCCAGCCCAGCCUCCAGCCCAGCCUCCAGCCCAGCCUCCAGCCCAGCCUCCAGCCCAGCCUCCAGCCCAGCCUCCAGCCCAGCCUCCAGCCCGGCUCCAUCCAUUACAACAACAUUGGUAAACACCCCUCGCCCCCACCCCCCUCCUCCCACUUCCUCCAAACCCUCAAAUGAAACGCUCCGGACAGAGGACCACAGCAGCACUUUACGCUCCUAAACCAGGUGUUUACACCAUGUCUAACAGGUGUCAAAAACUGAGGAAAUGGGCGGCCAUUACGGCUCCUGCACCUCAAAGAAGCCGGACCGCAGUUUCUCACAGGACACUGGCUAUUAGCUGCGACUGUGUGAUCCCUGAUUAGAGAGGGAGGGAGGCCAUGGAGCCUUCAGAUGUUGGGAAGGGCUCCCAGGCUGUUAGACAACGUUCUCAGUCUUCUUUUUCUUCUAAGAGGCAAAAACACAGAUGCAACUGUGACCCCCUGAGGGCAACAGGCUUGGAGAGGUGGAGCAGGGUCAUGCUCCUAGUCUGAGCAGUCAUACAGUGUAUUCAGCCUGGUUAUCAUACAGUGUAUUCAGCCUGGUUAUCAUACAGUGUAUUCAGCCUGGUUAUCAUACAGUGUAUUCAGCCUGGUUAUCAUACAGUGUAUUCAGCCUGGUUAUCAUACAGUGUAUUCAGCCUGGUUAUCAUACAGUGUAUUCAGCUCGGUUAUUAUACAGUGUAUUCAGCCUGGUUAUCAUAGUGUAUUCAGCCUGGUUAUCAUACAGUGUAUUCAGGUUAUUUACAUCAAGCUGCUUCUCCCAGACUCCACCUCCUGCUCUACCAUCAAUAACAGAAGAGAGUAGAGUGAUGGUAUAAGAUUGGUUAUAGAAAGAUCACGUAUAAGGUCGGUUGUAGGUAGAUUACAUGCUGUAUGCGGUUGGCUGUGGAUUAUAUAUAUAUAUAUUGCAUAAUGUUUGCUGUAGCUGGUUUAUAAAUUGUGUGAGAUUGUUUGUUUAUCGUGCAGUAGCAGAUAAUGGGAAAUGAUUAUUACACAGACUAGCUCAGCUUUCAGCUAGUGUGUGUGUGUGUGUGUAGGUAAACAUGUAGGCUGGUGUGUGUGUAUGUAUGUCAGUGUUGGCAUAUGGUUGUCUUGCAUAACAACAUGAUUUAAAAUAA